AUGAAGCAUGUGCUCCUACGAGUAGCCUCGUGGGGAAGCAGAGGCUCCGAGGGUGUGAGCCAGGCAGCUGGGCACCAGCAGGUCUGUGGUGCCGGCCUUGGCAUCUUCUGGCCGAGCCGUCGCUCUCACCCACUGGGCCGGGCGCCUGGGCCGUGGGCAGAGGCACGCGCCGCCCUCCGCAUGGCUGCGGACGAGAAGGGCCCCGCCGCAGGCAGGGCACCCGGCUUCGGUGAGGCGCCUCUUCCUCCCGACGCAGCGGCUCCGGCCCUCGGCUCAGGGAGCUGCGCCCCGCAGUCCCUCGCCCUGGCCCAGCCCAUGCCCGUGGGGCACCCCGACCUCAGGCUGCUGCCUGGAGAAGCCGCUUUCCAGGAUUUGACCGAAGAGCCUGUGUUGGAAAGGCCUCGUUCCACCUGCGAGGCCAUGUGGGAAAGCAGCCUCCUCUCCCUCCCCUUUCCCAGGAAGCUGUGGAUACUUGUCAAUAGCAGUCGCUUUACAGCUAUUUCGUGGAAUGAAGACGGGACUUGCAUAGGCUUCAACACGCAGCUGUUUCAAAAGGAGGUUUUGGACAGGGACGGCCUGGACAAGGUGUUCAAGAGAGACUGUAUGGAGAGCUUCGUCCACCAGCUCAAUAUCUAUGGAUUUAGGAAAGUGCGCCAGGACAAGCACAUGUCCCUCCGCCUGAACGACCUCUCCACGAAUGAGCGGCCUGCCGACGUCCUGAGCAAGUUACACUUCUACCGCAGUCCCCUGUUUAAGAGAGACUGCCCGCACCUCCUCGUGAGGAUGAAGAGGAGGGAGCACACUAAACCAGCAUCCGGGCAGGUGGGCGGCAAGCCGGCAGCCCUGGGGUACCUCCCGCCGCCCAGCACCUCGGAGCCGCAGGACGGCCUCCCACCCUAUGCUGAGGACAUCCAGGGGACCCCGAGCGACCCGGAACUCGACCAUGCCUCCGCCCUGGCCAGGACUGACUCUGUCCCUCCGGCCCCUCCUCGGACAGCAGCCGAGCCCCCCGCGCCGGAUCACAAUGCGCCGGCUCUGGCCCCUCUAGUCCUUCUAGUUCCUGUCCCGGCAGAGGUGGCCCAGCCCGCCGAGGUCCCCAGGCUCUGCUGCGCCUGGCGUCCCACCCACAUGCGUCCUCCCUGGCCUGUGCUGGGCCUGGCCGCCGCGCCCCCCCAGCUCCACAGCCAGCCCCCCCGCGCGGCUUCCGGUGGCCGCGCCACUGCCUCUCGCCCACGCUUGAUGACCGUGGUGGCCGCCAGGCCUGCCGCCUCCCCUGACCUUGAUCCCUCGGCCCCUGAGGGAUCCCUCAGGCCGAGGGAUCCCUCGGCCCCUGUGCUGCUACUACGUGGGCUCCUGCUGUUUUCCCGGAAUACCUGGCCCCUCCGGGCGGCCCACAGAAGACCCUGA